GUACGAAAGAGCAAAAGGUCCACCAGGCAGGGAUGACGACAAUGAUAUGGAUGAGGAUCCUCGACGCGGUCGCGGCGCAAUGCCACGCAUAUCCUUUGCUGGGGGUACGUACAUAUCAGCAUCAGGUGAGGCGUUACGGACGGGGUCGCGCGUGGCAGCUGCAUCGGAGCGAUUGGCCCUCUCUCUCUUAUCGCCGAUGCCUAACGAACAAGAUUUCGCCGUCAACGUGUGCACCGUAUUGGCUGCCGACCACUCGAACAGACUGCCUUUGAGUUCUACACCGCACAUUCUGGACUUCUUAUUGGCUCAUGCUGGCGUUUAUAAUCAUUCGAGUCUUCGCGAUACAAUCGGCCGCUCAUACUACGAGGCUCGAGGAAGAUAUCCAGAUGACUUCUGGCGUUUGAAAGCCGGAGGUGGCGGGGUCAAGGAACUGGCUGACGAGACCAAGUUCAUGCAGCCAGGAGUUGAGCUUCCAGAGCUGAUCGUUCAGGCCAGGGCAGCGUAUAAUACUCUUACAGAUUGUCUACUGAGUGGGCCUGAAGAAGAAGAACCGGUCGUUGAGAAGGUCUAUGAUGAUGUUAGCGGUGACGUCUUAGAAGACUGGAUGGCGGAUCCAUCAGAAGAUGACCUUCUGUUCGCCCCGGAGUUGCCCGGCGGGGCCUCGUGUGUGUACACUCAGAGAGUGCUACAGAUUGCCUCCAUCGUGAGGUCAUUGUCCUUCCACGAUGAAAACGUUCAAUAUCUUGCUAAGAAUUCUACUCUUCUCAGGUUCCUCUUGCUGUGUGCUAACAGUUGGGUCGGUUCUCUACGUCAGUCCGGACUGGAUACACUCGGAAAUGUAUCUACAGAACUUAUUAUUAAGGACCCGGCAACGUGCCUGAUAACCCGCCACGUGCUAUCCACUAUCCAGGCGGCGCUAGUGUCGCAGGACAGGGCGCGAGUACUGGCCGCGCUAGAGUUGCUGAACAAACUCGCGCAGAAUGAACUCAACGAGGAUGCCUUGUUGAAGUCUUUGGAGGCUAAGGUUUACGCAGACGUAUGCGCGCUACUAAGCCUGCGCGAUAUAAUGGUGCUGGUAUGUACGCUGGAGUGCGUGUACGCGCUGACGUCACUGGGGGACCGCGCCAGUGAGGCCGUGGCCAGGGUCCCCGGACUCAUACAUACGCUCGUAUCUCUUGUUACUGUCGAGGCUCAAAGCUACGGUCCUCGCGCAUGUAUAUUAAUGCGCGUAGUGGAGACAGUGAGCGGCCCCAGCGCACUACAAGCGCAACAACCUGCGCAACAUGCGCAACAACAUGCGCAACUUGCGCAACACACACCGCAUGCGCAAACUGACCAACAUGAUCGGCCGCCGCAACUGCAUCAUACGAGCCAAACUCCAACAAAGUCCAGCGAGGCGAGUGGCGCGGCGCCGGGCCUGGCGCCCGUGUCCAGCCUGCAGCAGUCGCACCUCCAGCAGCGCACGGUGCAGGUGAGUGACGCCAAGGAGAACGAGCACUUCGCCCAAGCGUGGCUGCGGUCUGCGUACGAAGUGUUGCCGGGCGGCGACAACAGCGCGUGCGAGGCGGCCGACGUGUACCGCCAGUACCUCGCCUGCUGCACCAAGCUGGCCCGCAAGGGACUCAUCGCGCCCGCGCACUUCCCCAGGCUUGUCCGGACGGUGUUCGGUGGCACAGUGGGUCCCAAUACAGUGACGCUGUCUACUGGUGAGACUCAACAAGUAUAUAUUGGCAUCAGGUCGAGGGCAUUACAGAAUAGACCCAACCCUCCCGCAGGACCCUCAUCGCCUAUACUGAAGGCACAGCUAACAAAUAAGGCAGCGGCUGAAGCGAAGCCAGCUGUAUCUCAACCACAAACGCAGCCACAAGCACCGCCUACGACCACGCACCCCCACCUGUCUCAGGCGCUGGAGUCGACUCCCUCCAACACGACGCUGAUCAAACAUUUACUAGCGCACAAAGUAAGCCCCGCCCUGCAACCACAGCAAGUGGCACAAAGACAACAGAGUCAACAGCGAGCGCCUACAGCGACCCCAACCACAGUUGUGGUACAGAAUAAUCAGCAGCAGGUAAUGGAUGUCGACCCGGAAGCUUUGAUCAAGUGUACGACAAUAACACCCGGCGGUGUUGCCAGUAGCACGCCCACAGAUAAGGUCCAUACACCAGUUGAAGAGCCCAUAGUACCCAAAGAAGAACCUGUACAAAUUCAGAUCGAUGAACAAACACAAUUGACAAUUAAAUCAGCUCAAAAUAAGAUGCUAGCAGACUUACUAAAGAAAAACUCCAACCCUCCAUUGCAAGUCGUUCAAAUGGGCCCUCAAAUCAACGCGCCAACCAUUCAAAUAACAGAAACAGGGCAAAUCGUUCAGGUCAAAUCUGACCCGACCCCAGUCAUACAAAUAAAUGACUCGAGCCUUGUAACACCAGGAAACCAAUAUUUUCAAAUAAAGAACGAACAGGGACAACUCAUUCAAAUAAAGAAUGAACAGGGGCAAAUCAUUCAAUUAAAAAGUGACCAAUUACAAGCUCCGAUUUUGCAGUAUAAGAACGAACAAGGACAACUCGUUCAGGUCAAAACUGAAAGUCAAGUUCAGAUAAAGCCUGAGAAGGAAGAGGUUCCUUCAACUGAUCAUUCGUAUAAUGAGCCACCAGCUAAGAAAACUAAGGUGGAAGAAAAGGCCCAGCCGCCGCAAGAGAGUGUAUCAAAAACCGCGGCGAAUCUGUAUGCCGCUCUUGCUGCUUCGGCUUUGGAAGAUGAAGAGGAUUUGCUCCCGCCGAAACAGGAUCCCGUGGAAAUGAUUCAGCCCUCAGUUUUGGUGUCAACGACCGGUGAUAAUUCUGUAAUUAUACAAGAACCUAUGCUUCAGGUUCAGCCGCCUCCAUUGACGGUACAACAGCCCACACUGCAAGUACAUCAGCCUACAUUGCAGGUGCAACAACCCACGUUGCAGGUCCAGGCGCCGACUUUACAAACGAUACAAGUACAGCAGCCGAUGUUGCAAGUACAGCCCAUGGAAGUACAGAACAUUAUCGCGUCACAGGCUGGCCAACUCAUCUUACAAGAAAAAUCUAUAUCUUCUCAGCCGACUCAGUUUGUGCAGCAACCUAUGCAGAUUAUUGCUACACCUAGCAACGCUCAAGGUGGCAUAAGCUACAUAGCACAGAACAUUCCCGGGAAUAUGAUGCAGAAAACGAUUAUCAUAGUCCAAGGACCGACUGGCGGGGGACCUCUUACUUUAACGGUGAACAACCCAGGCGGCCUGGACGAAGCGACGCUUAACAGCCUUAUUACGCAGGCAACAGAGGCGAUAACGCAACAGCAAAUUAUACAGAACUCGGGUGUGAUACAGUCUACACAGAGGGUGUUGAGUCAGCCUACGUUAGUGAGUACUUCGCAGGCGAUCACAGUGGUGAAGAGCGUCCUCGCACAGAAUACACCUCAGAUUACUCCUAGUCAGCAGCCAAUAAUAACGAAUCAGCCGCAACCACAUAAAGCGCAGAUCAUCAACCCACAACAGACGCAACAAAUAGUGGUCACACAGAAACAACCGCCGGCACUUAUAAGUACUUCUAGUAGCAGUCAAAUUGUUACCAGUACGGCGCAGAUUAUACAAGGCAACCAGCAACUCCUACAAGGCAGUCAGCAGAUAAUAGCAGUGUCUAAUACACAACCUAUCAUAAUGAACGCUCCUAUGAAGACGAACGUGCACAGAGUGGUACAGCAACCACAAAGGAGUCCCGUAGUCACAAGCGUGCAGAGCAACCAAGUGUCCGUUGUUAGCGAGGCCAAGACUAGUGUCAUACAGAGCCCGAAGACAGCGACGCAGCCUGUAAUGAGGCAGGUGAUCCGUCAGCCUGUCAUGGUCGGUAACACUAAGAUCGGAGAUAAAGAACUCGUUGUCAACCAAUCUGUUGCUGAGCCUCCAAAGCCGCCUACACCGAAACCGUCCCCUACCCCGCCCCCCGCGCCGGCGCCGCAACCUGCACAGGCCACGAGUCCUCAAGAUGAAACGCCUUGGAUAUGUCAUUGGAGAGGGUGUGGCAAAACAUUCUCGAACGCGACGCAAGUAUUCUUCCACGCGGCGCGCAGUCACUGCCCGACGUCGGCGGACGGCGAGGCGCCCUGCAUGUGGCUCGACUGCGACCGAGUGCCGCGGAAGACGUUCGCGCUACUCAACCAUCUCACUGACAAACAUUGCUCCAUGCAGGCAUUGACCGCGGUGUACUACUCCCGCCGGCACGCGGCGGGCGAGGGCGCGGACGGCAAGCCGGUCGCACUCAACUAUCCUCCCAACGCCGCACUCGCCGCGCUCAAUAAACACGCCGCCGACAUGUUCAACCCUAGGGAACUCAUGCACAGGGCAGAACUCGGUCGCACGCCGGAACAACUGGAUGAGAACGAGGGUCCAGUAACGAAGAGUAUACGUCUGACUGCAGCGCUCAUAUUGAGGAAUAUUGUCAUUUAUUCGAAUACUGGACGGAGACAACUGCGUUCAUACGAAGCUCAUCUAGCGACAAUCGCGCUCAGCAGCGUGGAAGCUUCUCGAACGAUUGCCCAAGUUCUAUACGACAUGAACAAUAUUUGAGAAUCACUUACCGGGCAUCGGGCCCACGACUAACUGCGUGCUGGCUGUAAAUAGCAAUGUAGAAAUAUGUAGAGGAAAAAUGAAUCAUAAAAAUAAUUAGAACUUUGUCCGAUUAGAUUAUUAUUGUUCGCAUUUUAGCGAAUAUUUUGCUGUAAUAUUGACUUUUAAUCAAGGCGCGACAUUAAAGUUAAGGGAUUGGAUAAAUAUAGCUUGUAUUCUAUCCAACGAUAAACUGGAUGACAUCUUUUUAGUGCCUUUUCACACAUUCAGGUUGCUGGGUAUCCAGUGGCAAAUGUAUGGAGGUUAGUUAGAACAUGCAGGUACGUGUGAUAGAUACCAUACAUGGUCGGGUAUCAGGCACCCGCCACAAGGCAACUGAAACGUGUGAACUGUAUACAACUAACGUCGGACGGCUAGACGAUUCAUACUAAUAUAUUGAUCCUCCGACGGAUUGAUUACUUUAUGACAUUUUUAACUAGGUAUUUAGUAAUCAUUCAAACACAUUUGAAUUACAAGACAUGAUCUGAAUAGAAAUACAUACAAUUUUCAUUUAAAAUUAUACAAUUAAGUAGUGACGUUCUAAAUAAUAAUUUACAUGCUAACAACUGACAACUAAAAUUAAUUUUAUAAUUAAAGUUUAUUCUUUAUUGUUACUUAACUACGUAAUUCUUGAAGUACUGUGGUUUUGACAUAUAUACAAACAAAGGCAUGUUAUCGGGCUAUUGUGGCGAUAAAAUUGAGUUCUUAUCGUGUAGGAGCAAAAACAACGCAAGGUUUCUGCCUUUUAUUAACAAGUUCCUUUAAAUAUGUACCCAUUGCUACGUUCAGUUGUAUUUUAGUAUCAAAAAAUAGUAAUUAUAACAUUGUUUUGUUCUCAAAACUGAUGGGCGCAGGUGCAUUCAUUAUACACGAGAAAAAACAUAAUUCUGUGGCAAUUAGUACAUUAAAUAUAUACAGUUAUGAUUUAAGAAUUUGUUAUUAUAUUUUUAGAUAAGUGAUUGUUUCAAACAAAGAAAUUAUGUGUUUAUAUAACUUAGCAAUUUUGUAACUUCUUAUUCACAUUUUUCUAGAUAUUUUACAAACUCAAUUUUCAUUCUGGCUAUAAGUAAUAUUUCAAUGGAUUCUUAGAAACCAUUGCUACUUUUUUUGUAAAAAUAUCUCAUCUGUACCAUACCAUUUAGAUUUUAAUUAGGUUUAAAGUGAUAUAAGUAUUAUUUUUGCAAGUUGGCGUGAUUGGUUGAGCGUAAUUUAACAUGGGAGACUGUACAAUGUCACUGAAUCGAUGUAAGUGCAACGGAAAAUAAAAUAAUUUUAGUAUGGCUUUGUGUUUUAUUUUAAUCGAGUA